GCUACAAGAAGUGGACAUUGUGAAGUAGCAGAUAUACUGCUUCAGCGAGGAGUGGAUAUCAAUGCCAAGAAUGAUAGAGGUGAAACAGCUCUUCAUAUAGCAGUAGAAAAAGAGGCAUUUGCAUUGGUAAACCUUUUGAUUGACAAUGGAAUUGACAUUGAUGCAAAAGACUAUGCGACAGAAUCAACAGCGUUACAUAUUGCAAUCGAAAAAAGUAACUCGAAAUUAAUCUCAUUGUUGUUGGAGCGACAUGCUGAUGUUAAUUCAAAAAAUAGUUAUGGAGAGACCGCCUUGCAUUUGACAACUGAUAUGAACCUCAACGAAGAAUGCACUCUAAUAAUGAAGCGAGGUGCGAACAUCAAUUCCAGAGACAACUUUGGGGACACCCCGUUCUAUUUUGCAGUG